UGUAACUUCAAAAUCCACCAUCUCUAAAACAUGUUCACCAUCUUGUGCAACAAAAUUCUAACACAUUGUCUUUGCAAAUGACAUAGUAGGACAAACCUUAUUAACAGAGUUUGGAUGAUAAUUAACAAGCCACACAAGAUUCACCUUUUACUACAAAUACAAACAUAAAAAAUGAAAACACCUAAAUGACCUUUUUCUAUGUCCGGCUAAGGAAACAAAAACUUCAGAAAAAACGAACAUUAGCUAGCUCAUACUACAAUGAUCCUUGAAAAUGACAUUUUUUCUUCAAGAAUAUCCUUCAUCCAUCAUGCAUAUAACUAUUUAAUUAUAAACAACAAAUUACCAAUAGUAAAAGUAUCUUGUGGACAUGCAAGUAUUUCAUGAGCGAGGAGACAUUCUUUAUCCUUUGGUGAUGAUAGGAGAUGAUAACAAGCAGAUUAGUGGGUCCCGGGUAUAAAAAUUAGAGGCUAUGAUGAUUCCAAUGUCUAGCAAGACAGCAAUGGCCAAGAUUCUAUUCUUUUCCUUCAUUUUUAACCCUCAUUUUCCUUUUAUUUACAACUUCAACCAUUCAAAACAUAUACCCCAAAUCUUUCCAAAGUCCUUUCACUUUAUCUAAAUCUUCCAUCUCAUCCCACUUUCUGUUUAUCUUGUUUCUGUGUGCUUGAGUGAAAGAUUCUACCUUUCGUAGUCAACUUGUAUUUUCUUCUGGGUGUUUGGUUGAAUCAUUACAGUAGUUUCUUUUGUGCAGAGUGUGUGAUGCUGUGAAAGAUUGUACUUUUUUCUUCUCGUGUUGUACCUUUGUCCUAGCAAAUAGUCAUGAUGCUUCAGCCAUCUGCAGAAAAGGAAAACAAUCGAAAUAAAGACAACAAAGAGAAAUCUCCAAUGUGGAAAUCGGAAACCGAUAGCGUAGAGUCCGAGCUUUCUGAUGCGAAAAGAGCAGUUCGUGAUUUAACUUUAAAGAUCGAAGAAUCAAAUUCCAGAGCCAAAUUGCAGAGAAAACCAAAAUGGCGCCAAGAAGAAGAAGAAGAAGCAGGAACUUCAUUGAGGAGCGAGGAUGAUCGAUAUGAAAAAGUGAUGAAGGAACUUGAGCAUGUGAAACGAGAAUUGGAAAAACUUAAGCUCGAUAUGGCUCGCGUGUUAAAGGAGAAGAGGCACGCUGAGAGAGAAGCAAAAGAAUCGAAUUCUAAAAGGUCUAAUCUGUCUGCUUCCAUUGUAUUGAUGAAGAAAGAGAUUCAAGAACUGGGUGAGGAACAAGCUCUUGUUGAAUUAGCUCGAAUUGAAGCUGUUAAAGAAUGGGAAGCCAUUGAAGCGCAGAGAGUGGAAGAAGCGAAUCGCUAUAAAACUCAGGUGGAAGAGAACGAAAGGACAAGAGAUCUUCAAAUAACGCUUUCUGAUAUACACUUGUUAGAAACUGAACUGAAUAUGGCUAAAGAAAUGGACAAGAGAACUGAGGCUAUGUCAAGGAAUCAAGAAGGGUCUCCGUUAAACACGAUUACAGAAGAACUGGAGGCCGCAAAACGAGAACUUGCUUCCAUUAAAGGAGAAGGGUUUAAUUUCAUGGCUUCCAUGGAUAUCAUUAGAAAGGAGCUUAAGCAUGUUCGAGAGGAAACUGCUCGAUUAGAGAAAGCAGAACAGAAACGAGAGUUGACUGUUCAAAACCUCAACUCGAAGAUCUUAAGGGCAAAAGCCAGACUAGAAGCACUUACAGCUUCUGAAUCGAAAAACAACACAGUUGCAGCCAAUCUAUCGAUAACACUCGCACAAUUAAGAGCAGAAACCGAGAAAGCAAAGAAAGAAAAAGACGUUGUAGAUGAAGAAAUCGAAAACAUGAAGGGGGAAAUUGAUAAAACUGAAUUUGAAAUAGAUUUAGAAGAGGAAAAAUUAGUAGCUGCCAUGGAGGAGCUCAAAGCAAUCAAAUCAUCAGAAUCUGAAACCCUAGGAAAUCUAAGGAAACUGAUUAACACUACAGUAGAAGCUAGAGAAAUGGCUUCGAUUAACAGCUCGAUAAUCACAAUCACGGAUUUCGAAUACAAUUACUUAACGGGGAAGGCAGGUGGAGCUAAAGAGCUUGCUGAUAAGAAAAUCGCUGCAGCUGAGGCCUGGGUGGAAGCUUUGAAGGCAAACGAAAGAGAGAUAUUGAUGAAAUUUGAGAUAAAACAACGAGAAAUUAGGGAUUUAAGCAUUGAGGUAGAGGAAGAAGAAGAAGAAGACGUAGCAGAAGAAGAUCGAAGCAGUCGACAAACAAAGAUCGGGGCAAAAGUCAUGGCAUCGUCUCGGAAAUCAGUGUACAGAGUUGGGAACAUGGGAACUGCGAGACGGGUUAGAUCACAGAAGUUUCGAUCUCCAGCAUCCCGAUAUACCCCUAAAUCCGCUUCAUUGAAGAGUGAAACAGUGAUGCCAAAACUCAAAAAAUUGUUUAACAACGCAGCAAUGGGUGAGGGAAUGAUUUGAUGAUGAAGGUUUGUUGAGAACUUGAGAUUGUGUAAAAGCUGAAUAAAGAGCGUUGAAGAAGAAUUCAUAAGUCGUCAUUUGAAGUUUCUUUUAUAAAAGAAUGUAGAUGUAUAUGUAAACCGAGUACAAACACAUCGUUUUUGAACAUAAUUAAUGAUUUUUGAACAUAAUUUAUGUUUUGGUCACAACCCAAAGUUGGAGGCCUGAUCCACAAGAGAAGGGUUGUUACUUGUUAGGCGUGGUAGCAAGGCCAAAAUGUAUUCAAUGUUCGGCUAGAGGAACCCAUAAAGUAGUGGCUCUUAACUAGAGCAUAUGGUGAUUCCUGAGGUUUGUGGGCUUUGAAGCCAUAAAGGCAUAUUGUGAGUGUGAGUGUGAGUGUAUUUUCUACAAAUCUAAUAAAAUCUUUUUAGUUUGUAUGGUGAUGUAGUAUAAUAACUCUUAUCAUAUUACUUUGUUUUUUUAUUUUUAC